AUGGAGCUGGAAAGGCAUGCCUUCAUUGAAAUGAGUGAAAUCGAUUUAAAUGCCGUCACAACAGCGGCGACUUCAUCGUCAGCGACAUCAUCGUUGUCGUCGUCGUCUUUUGAGAAGUCAGACAGUUUUAAGAAGAAAAUUAAGCCUAUAAUUAAAGAUAGCGAGGAUGAAGAAAACCUCGAGGCGAAAAUUGAAGAAACCAGUCUAUCAGAAUCGAUUGAUUACAAUGUUGCACCUGUAGCUACUAGCAAAAAAAUUUUAACAGAGGAGGAACAAGAACAACAAGGGAAUGCAUUAAUUCACUACGCUGUCAGAGCAGGUCAUAUUGAUAUAGUAGCCUUUUUACUGGAAAAUAAAGUUGAUCCUAACACUGCUAAUCCGAGUGGAAAUACAGCGUUACACUUUGCAUGUCAGUUCAACCAGCCAAUCACAGCCCUUAUGCUGAUCAACUUUGGUUGUAGGCUAGAUCUUAAAAAUAGCAGGCAGGAGACCCCAAUACAUUUAGCGGCCAGAUUUGGAAGCUGCGAAGUGGUCAGGACGUUGAUGCUGCAUGGAGCCAAGAUCGAAAAAACUGAUAAGGAUGGAUAUAGACCGGCUGAUUUAGCUAAAGAUCCAAAUGUUGUAAAAUUGUUUUCUCAAUACAGACAGAUCAUAAAUACCGGCUCGGGACAGAAUAAAAAAUUCGAAUUGAGGAAGCAAUUGGCUCCGAGUGAGAGACCACUGGCUCGGUUAAAAAUAUCGGUACUCGGUAAUAGCGGCGUCGGUAAAACGACGCUUAUCGAAUCUCUGAAAUGCGAAGCAACAACAGCCUUGAACGAUCCGAUGGGCGGAUUUAAACUGGACAGCAACAACAACGCCAACGUUCAAAAUUACAACCACACCAAAGGUGUUAACAUUCAGAAAACCACGAUUUCAGACGUUGGUGAAGUGAUGUUCCUAGAUUUCUCCGGCUUGGAAUCAUAUUACGACCAGUACAGCCUGUUCCUGGGAGAUUCAAGUUGCGCGCACAUCAUUGUUCUGAGUUUGAACGACAGUGAAUCAGUCAGGAAUAAGCAGGUCGAUUUCUGGCUCGAGUUUAUAAGGGUGAGGAUGUCACCGAAAGAACCGAUCGGAUUUGCCGGCUGCAACAUGUGGGCUCCUAACAUUUUCAUCGUCCUAACAAACCCCAAUGAGAGCAACUGCUCUAAAAACGAGAAAGGCGAAUGGUACCUUAAAACGGAAAGCACCUUUUUCAGCACCCUCCUUGAAAAGUUCGAAAGAGAUGUUAUAAUAAAUCAACCUCUAUUUAUUCUCGACGCCCAACUGCCUAGCUCCAAUGAAAUGAAAGAAUUGAAGAAGAUUCUAGCAAAGUUGAAGGAUUAUAUUGGAAAUUUCUUGCCAACAAGAAUUGGAUGCCUGGAGCAAACUCUCCUGGAAUUCCCAGCAUUCGUUCAGGAUCACAUCUCAUUCCCCGUCGUUUGGUUCAAAGAGUUUGCCGAUUUUGUUAGAGAGAAAGUGAAUCUGUUUGCGUCUGACGAGAACAUACGCGAACUCCUCGUCCAAAUGCAACUCAUGGGAGAGGUGAUAUGCUUUGGAUCGGAGCCUCAGGACAUGGUGGUUCUCAACCCGAACUGGCUGGGAACAGAAAUCAUCGGCAGGCUGCUGUCCAGAGAACAUCUCCAGGCAUGCAACACGUGGUCAGGGUUCCUUCAAGUACCUUUCCUUGAAAGUAUCUUUCAAAAGAUGGAUGUUCCGAAAAUUACGAAACUCUUGAAAUCGUUGGAUGUAGCGUUUGAUAGGACAGUGAACAACAACGUCGAAUAUUACGUACAUGCCUACAACAAAACUGAUUUCAAAUCAAUGGCCGAUGACAUUGUGGAAGUUAAAAGGUCGGCGCCACUCAAAUGUUCGAUAAAAAUCGCCACACCGCAGCCCAUAAACAACCAAUUCCAGUACAUCCUGUCUCAUGUUCUCGUGUCCCUACAUAGGAUCCUUCAAAGUGAAAAAAGCGAAUUCAGUCAGUGGAUGAACGCCUGCAGAGUGCACGACUCAGGCAAAACUGCCAUCAUCGAACUGGAAAACAGUAAGUUCAGUACUGGAUUCAUCGUGCAUUGCUACUCCAACGAUAGCGAUGCGAUGAAGUUGUUUGCAUUCUGUGAGACUAUAUGUGCGAUCAUUUUUAGCUCAGUUGAUCAGCAAUGUCCUGGCUUAUUCCUUCAACGACUGCCUGCUUCUUGGGUCGAUUCAAGUGCAAAUAACCCGCACCAAUCAAAUAUUUCAUUCUAUAAGGCUGAGUCAAUUCUCACGAAUGUCUUCAAGAAUCAGAGCGAUACGGUGAAGAUUGACGAAUUAUCAAAAGAAGAGAGAUUGGUUGAUGUGUUGGCAUUCGGAUCGCAAGAAACUUUCGAUAAACUUCAACUCGGUAUAGACGCGCACAUCUCUUGUUUGUCCUAUUACACCAGAUGUCAGAUCGCCUGGUUGCUCGAUAAAGAUAUCGAUCUUUGCAAAAUUUUAGCCGAACUAUUGAAAAUCGAUGAAAAAGUGGUACCUAUCGAGCCUGGAACUGUUAGUAUAUUCGACCGAUUCAUGUCUUACUGGAAUUACAUCCCUGAUAUGACUGUGAGGAAGUUUUGUGAAGCACUGGAAGAUGCGGAUUACGGAAAAUACGUUGAGCUGGUCCUGAAAUUGACUCCCAUCUUCGUGUAUGGACCCAUCCCACCAGAUCAGUUCAACAAUCCUAAUUUGAAAUCGGAUGAACGGCCACUAUCCCAAUCUCUGGUUGAAGGGGAAGAAUAAUUAUCUGAUUUUUUCAAUUUAUUAGUUUGAUUAAUUAAUUAAUUAACUUAUGUAUUUAUUAAAAAUAUUUUAUUUAUUAAUUUCGAAGGUUUCAAUUUUUCAAUCAGUUCUGACUAAUUUAAUAAUUUAUAUGUAACGUCUAAAUGUACCUACCUAUCAAAUACAAACCUUCACACACAUACAUAGACGUACACACACAUACAUAGACGUACACACACAUACAUAUACACGGAAAUGAUAAACUCUUUGUUAAUUUUGUUAAGUUUGUCUGUAAAAUAAAGUGAAUAAACCAUAAAAUCGUC